GUGUGGAGGUAGACCAAGUGGUUGGAAAAGGUGGAUGAGAGCAAGGAUGUGACUCCGCCUCAAGCCAGCUGCCCGUUUGUCAUUUGUAGCAUCGCAGGGAAAAUACCAAUGUCGUGGAAGGGACUGAACUGUUGGAGGGUGAAACACAAAAGCAAACAUGAGAAGACAGCUCUGUGGCUGAAGAGCACAAAACACCUUGCGGCAGCGGUGGUCGUGGCUCCCUCUAAUGAUUGAUGGGCAGAAGGUGUCGAAAUCUUGUUUGCAUUAAACUCUGCCCUUGCUGCCGCCAGCCCGGGGAACCUACACUGGCUUAGGGGACCUCCUGGAAUCCCGCAGGAUGUAAAUAAAAUAGGAUGAGGUCCUUUGGGAUUCGGCAGGCAUCUGACUAAGGCAAAAUGCGUGGUCGCAGCUGUCCUGGCUUGCUGAGCACUCGAGUACAAACGCAGAACUAGCAUCUCUUUGGAGACCGCAAACUCUGGGACUGAAAUCACCUCUGGAAAUACCUUUGUUUUGAUGCCUCAAACACUCAGUGCAGUGCCUGAUUCAGGGUAUCCGCCAGGAAAGCUUUCACCGGAGCACUUUGACUGAAUUUGCCCCAGAUCAGCUGGUACUUGUGAAAACCAGGGCUCUCUGGAAGCGAACAGCGUUUCUCAAGAUCCUGCUCUCCUCACGCUUGAGUGGCUGAGAUCAGCUUUACGAGUAGCUUACACUACACUCUUCAAACCCAAGUGGUAAAAGAAGUACAGGUCACAGUGACCAGAUAUUAACUGAGCUGCUGUACCACAGAAAAGGGAAGGACAGCUGGCGAUACCUGAAGAUAAAACAGAAGCAGAUUUCUUGAUUUUUCUGAAGAGCACCGUAGCAUUAUCAAGGUUGAAGACAGCAGUAAUGCUAACUCUGGCAAGCAAGUUGAAGCGGGAUGAUGGUGUCAGAGGACCCCGUGCGUCCAAUCCAGCUUCUGAUUCAACUCGGAGGGUGUCUGUUCGAGAUAAAUUACUUGUUAAAGAGGUUGCAGAACUUGAAGCUAAUUUACCUUGUACAUGUAAAGUGAAUUUUCCUGACCCAAACAAGCUUCAUUACUUUCAGCUAACUGUAAUCCCAGAUGAGGGCUAUUACCAGGGUGGAAAGUUUCAGUUUGAAAUUGAAGUUCCUGAUGCCUACAAUAUGGUGCCUCCAAAGGUAAAAUGCUUGACAAGAAUCUGGCAUCCGAACAUUACAGAGACGGGAGAAAUCUGCCUAAGUUUAUUGAGAGAACAUUCAAUUGAUGGCACUGGCUGGGCUCCAACUAGAACAUUAAAGGAUGUUGUCUGGGGGUUAAACUCUUUAUUUACUGACCUUUUGAAUUUUGACGAUCCUUUGAAUAUUGAGGCUGCAGAGCAUCAUUUGCGUGACAAGACCACGGGUCUCCAAGUGGUACGAGUGCCUGUGGACACCGCAUUUACAGUUUAUGAGUUGGUUCAGCAGAGUUGGUUAAGCUGUUGCAGAUGGUUUGACUUGCUGAGGAGGACUUUCGGAAUAAAGUUGAAGAUUACAUUAAGCGCUAUGCGAGAUGAUGAAGGGAGAUGGAUGGCAGAACCAUGGCUUCCAUACUAGAGUUGUCCUUAACUUCAACAACAACAACAACAAAACCAGCCCGGAUUGUACUAGUCCCGUGUCCAUGUUGUACUGAAGAAGAAAACUAACUUCAUAACUUGUCCAUGUCAAAAGGAGAGUUCAGCAUAAAUACAGCAAGAAAUUGUGUAUGUUGGUUGAAAAAGUUGUUUGCUUACUUUUAAAAAUGUUUACUCUUCUGAACUGUACUGUAUAUCCUGUUGAUGAGAUAUGCUUGAGAAGUUAAAAGAAAAUCACUAUUGAAAUUGUAAUUACACUUUUUUUAAACUCUUGCUUAGUUUGGAGGGGGAAUGAAGAAAAAAAAAAGACAAAAACAACCAGAAAAGGUGGCGUGUUUUUUGGAACACUUCGAGUUGGCAAUAAAAUGGUCUCCUGUGAACCAAAUCACAAUACUGUUGCCUUUGAUGAGCAGAAACAAUACGAGCCUUUUCCAAGAGUCAUUCAGCUAAGGCUUAGAGCUUGCCAGAAUGCAAGUGCUAAAUGAAACUACUUCUGAUAUUGAAAUUCUUGACGAUAUUUAAUGUAAGUACGUUUUUGUCACACGUUUGGAAUUUUUACAUUGUUAUUUUCAGCUCCAGUUUGGGCUACAGUAUUUUUUCGUUCCUAUUCAUUGUGUGAAGUAGUUAAAAGAAAUAUAGGCUAAUCCGUAACUUAAUUAAAUGUGUAGUAUUAGUAAAAUUAUAUAUAUAUUAUAUAUAUUAUAUAUUUCUGUGAAAAUUUAAUGAAAGGGAGAUUUUUUUUUUUAAGAAAUCUGCCUUUGGCUUUGCAAUGUGGAUGUGGCAAGGGAGCAUCGGAUGCUGUUUGAUCUGAUGAAAGUAAAUUCAAGCACCGUUACCUGGAGAACACCUAAUUGCAUUCUUCAAAAUCCUGCACUGAAAGCGAAUGACUAAUAACGCAGCUGAGAAUAAUAAUGCACUGCACCCCCUCUUUCUAAACACUCGUGCGCGCCUGGUUUUUUGGUAAUUUGAAAGGGUAUGAUGCUAUAAUUGCCUUUUCUGUAAGUAGCUGUAUAUCAAACACACAGUAUGUGCAAGCAGAGAGUAGCGUGUACCUCAGGAACCACUCCAGAGUAAAUGCCGUGAGAAGUCUACUGCCGCCCGUGUGCCGGAGCUCCCCGCUGCUCACCCACCGACCCCGGCCGCGCUGGGGGGCAUCGGCAUCGCCUCAGAGACCCAAACGCCUUUCACUCCUGGGGUCACGCAGAGGAGGUGGGAUGGAAAAGAUUCAAGCUUUUAUAAAUAGAUAAACCGUAGAAAUAAAUGUUCGUGUGGUUUCAUAUGGAGCAAGUGUGUGUGUAACGCUCGGGCGUUGACUUGGUUUUUUAUCUCCCUGAAUGAUUACGCUUCAUUCUUUCCUCCGCAGACACUGAAGGAAACCAAAAUCGCCUCCAUCAUUAGCAUGGGCAGAGCUGGGUUGUAAAUUUUAAGCACGGUGCAGCCUUGCUUUUUAAGUUUUCCCUCUGCCUUUUCCCUUACAGCUUCACAGGCUCCUGUACGCGUUACCGGAGGUCUGGGAAAGCAGGGAAGUGAAAUGCAGGGAUUGGCAUGCAGGAAGAGAGCCUUAUCCUGAGCUGCAUCUUUGGAUAAUAUCGCCUCUCUCUGUAUUUGAAAUGAAACAUGGAUCAGCAUAUUAUUUUAAGCAGGCAACUGCAGGGAGGGAUGUUUGCUGCCAAAACAGUAAUGUCAGGGAAGGUAAGGAAUAAAGCACUCACAAAAAUAGAAAGGCUGGAAAAUAUGUCCUGUUUUUGUCUGUUGAAUCAGGAGGAUUCUAUUAUUUUCAAGGCGCUGUAUAAUCCCUUUGCCAUGUUUUUGCCUACCUAGAGGAGAUGAGCAGAACAUUCGAGCUGGGAUGCUAUUAACUACCAGAGGGCUUAAGCAUCAGUUUCUUCCCAUCCAGAACUCACAGAGGGAAAACGUUGUACCUCAUCCUGGAAGAGCCAUUAGCUCAGAGUCAGAAAAAUAAACUGAAUUCUUUUUUCCUGAACACAAGCUGGGAGAUUUUUAAAA